UCUCUGAUCCAGUUGAAAUAUUUCAGGUGCCGAAAGAAAGUGGACGAGGCGAGCCACCAUUGCUGCCGAUUCUCUUACCCGGGCAGCAGCAGCAAAAACAAACGCCACAGGAGGACUUUUGGUGUGUAUUUAUUUUUGUACUUCCAAGCCUAGAGGGAAGUUUAUAUUGUUUCUGCCGGGGCGGUCGUCUCUUGAGAAGCACCACCAAGUCUCCUACCUUGUCUAUUGGAUGGUUCCUCCCACUUUCACCCUACCAAUUUCGCAACUCUUGUUUGGACAAUCUCGCCGAACAUCCGGAUUUUUUUCUUUACAACCUUUUUAGGAACUUGGAUUGAAGCAGAUACUAUGACCCUCCAACAGACCACUGAAUGUCAACAUCACAUGUGGUGGAUUUACCUAUGAGAGACGCAAGAUGAUAAAGUGAAGGCAUCUAACUUCUACUUCCAAAGACUUUUAAAUAACUUUUUUUUUGUAUUAUCAUUAUUGAUCCUGGAGAGACCACUUCUGCAUACGGUGCAGACCCGAACUUGUGGCCCAUGUGUAGCAGGGCAUCUGCAGUAUCUUGUGGAAUCACCUAGCAAGCCCAGAGUUCUUUUGUGGAGCCUUACGCCUGUUUUUUUUCGAUCCGACGUCUCUGCUCGAAGCUGUUUGCACAAGGGGGCAGAACCCACUACUCAAUGGCAUGGGCCAAGUUCUUCAGAAAGCCAGGGGGCAACCUGGGGAAGUCCUACCAGCCGGGGAGUAUGCUGUCUCUGGCGCCCACCAAAGGACUGCUGAACGAGCCGGGUCAGAACAGCUGCUUCCUCAACAGCGCUGUGCAGGUCCUAUGGCAGUUGGAUAUCUUCAGACGCAGCUUGAGGCAGCUACCUGGCCACUUCUGUUUGGGGGAGUCGUGCAUUUUUUGCGCAUUAAAGGGCAUAUUUUCCCAGUUCCAGCACAGUCGGGAGCGAGCGCUGCCCUCGGACAACCUCCGUCACGCCUUGGCGGAGACCUUUAAAGACGAGCAGCGCUUCCAGCUGGGCUUCAUGGACGAUGCAGCCGAGUGCUUUGAGAAUAUACUGGAGAGAAUACACCUGCAUAUUGUGCCUGAAGAGACUGAUGCGUGUACCUCAAAGUUCUGCAUCACCCACCAGAAGUUUGCCAUGUCCCUUUACGAACAGUCUGUGUGCCGUAGCUGUGGGGCAUCCUCUGACCCGCUGCCGUUUAUAGAGCUGGUGCAUUAUGUCUCCACCACCGCACUCUGCCAGCAGAUGCUUCAGCGGAAGGACGAUUCAUUUGGAGAACUGUUACAAGCAGCAUGCACGGUUGGAGACCUGAGGAACUGUCCUAGCAAAUGCGGCCAGAGAAUUCGCAUCAGGCGCGUCCUAAUGAACUCCCCGGAGAUCGUCACCAUUGGCUUUGUCUGGGAUUCUGAUCAGUCGGACCUCACCGAGGAUGUGAUCCGCUCAUUAGGGCCUCAUCUCAGUCUCUCUGCGCUUUUCUACAGGGUGACUGACGAGCACGCAAAGAAGAGCGAGCUGUUGCUGGUGGGGAUGAUCUGCUACUCCAGCCAACAUUACUGUGCCUUCGCCUACCAUACCAAGUCUUCCAAGUGGGUCUUCUUUGACGACGCCACAGUUAAAGAGGUGGGGUCCAAGUGGAAAGAUGUGGUCAGCAAAUGUAUUAAAGGUCAUUUCCAGCCUCUUUUGUUGUUUUACGCCAACCCUGACGGCAGCGCCAUUAGAGCUGAGGACGCAUUACAGCAGAACCUAAGCCAGACACAAUACAAGACCUCUGUCAAUGGAGAAGGUAUUCAGUCCCCGCUUCCAUCCCCCAAGAAGCUGGACCUGACCAAGGAGAAUCUGCUUGCUCUGCUGGGUCAAGGCCCCUUAAAGCAGAAAACUACUUCCACCUUUAGCCGGGGAAAUUCCCAUAACAGCGGGGGACGAGCGACAGUGCAAAUUGGUGCCGGCAAUCCCAAGCAUCAAUUCAAAGAGAUUAUCAGGGAAGUCGCCCAUCGAGCCGAUGGUGAGGUGCCUCCAUUUAGAAGAGACUCUGAUCGGCGCGGUCAGCGCAGGCCAGAGACACGCAACAGAGCUCAAGAACGCUUCUCCUCUCGCUCAAUCUCACCACCGGAAAAUGGUUUCAAGCAACACUUGGAGACUCGCCUGUACAGCAGCCAGGGAAAAGGCCCUACCCGGAAUGACCGACCGGCUACCCACCUUAGCAAUAGGUCUUCCCAGGAGGAACUCCGAUCCAAUUCAAAGAUUCGGAUGCUACACAGUGUGCCCAGUAGCAGCCACUACAGCAGAAGAGCUGAGCAUCACUCCAAUGGCUACAACUCCGACAGCAGCCAGGACUCUCGAGAGCGUCCUGGAAGCGCCGGGAAUGGCCACAGUAGCAGCAGCAGCAGCAACAGGUCCAGCCGUCCCUGGAAGCCCAUGCGAGAGGCGCUCAAUGUUGACAGCGUUUUACGCGGCGGAAAUGGCGGUGGAGCAGGUCCAGAGCGGAGGCCGCACAGCCCCCAGAGGCGACCCAGCGGCAAGUCGCAGGACUGGGACCUGACUUGGGGUGGCCGGGAGGAGCGCAAGCCCAAGAGCCUAAUGACCAUAUACGAGGACGAACUGAGGCAGGGGACAGGGAGCAGCCGUAGCUCACUGGACUCCAGCAAGGACAGGUCAAAGGGCACAGGCACCCUGAAAGUCUACGACAACUGGAAUAUCCAGCGGACUGAAUCGGGCUAUGAGAGCAGCGACAGGAUUAGCAACAGCUCAGCAAACUUGGACUCGCCUGUGGUGGAUAACUUUUCGUCCAAAGAGCUACGACCCAUACACGAGCUGCAUUUGAACCGGGAUCAGUUUCCUCCAAGGGGAAGUGAUGACAGCGUCAUGCGUGCUGAAUUUUCCACUGGUGAACAAGGGAGAAAAUCUCCGGACCUGCAUGACUCAAACAACCAAUUACAAAGACGAAGAGCCUUCCGCUACACGCCUGGAGUCAUACAAGAUGACCUGGACAGCGAAAGGGAAGAAAAUGUGGACAGCCCAAUCAGCCCGGUGCCGCCUUACUUGACGAAGGCUCACAGCUUUGAGUGGAACAAUUCAGAUGACCUGGCAGGAUCCUUCUCAGAGCAAGAAGAUGCCACCACCAAUGGACCUUUUCUGCACGACAUCCCGCCGCCUUUACCACCAAAAACUAUUUUGAAAGAUGACGUUGACCAAUUCGAACCGCCGGAGAUACCACCGCGCUUGAGUGGAGACAUAAACAGCACAGCACCUAUGCUCUUGCACACCACCCUCAUCCGUUGGAUUGACACUCCCGCCGAGCACAGGCACUGGUCCGACACCAGCUCCAAGUCCUCUGACCAGGACAGGAACGAGCUGUCAGCCAGCGAGGGCGAAGAGAGGAAACCGGGCCCCGAUGGCGCCGACUCCCCUGACGUAGUUCUACCUACUACCUACUUCUCUGUUGAUAAUUGCAUGACCGACACCUAUCGGGCCAAGUACCACAAGAGGCCCGCCUUGUACAUGAGAGCAGAUGAGCACACAUCUUCUGGGGAGAGUGACGUGGACACCAGAGGACUUCCUGCGCAGGAUGUGGAGACGUCUGAGCUUUCCGGCAACCAGCCGGAGCCAGGCUACUCUUCUUCUUCUUCUUCUUCCACGAAGCCUAUCGCAAAGUGGUUCCCUGUGACACAAAAAGGACUGGACGAGCAUGGUUUCCUAUAGUUGGAGCAAAAGCAACAAUAACUACGAAUAUCCCAAAAAAAACCCACUAUGCAUUACGACUGUUGUACAGUUUGAAUGUCAGAAAAACAACAUGCAAGAAUGUGCAAGCCAAAGAGAUUGUUUGAAAAAAAGGAUGAAUAUUAAAUUUGCACAAGUAGAAAGGUACGGCAAAAGAGGAUCACUCAGAGAGCCCUUUUAUCAGCAUUACCAAGUUAAAGACGAUGGAACGAAAACUUGUCCAAUAAUGGAAAUUUUUCACCAUUUGGACAGUCUUUCUUUGUACUUUAGUAGAUCCUAGGGAUCUGUGUGGGUAUCGAGGUGUCUUCAUUCUAUCUCUCCAAUAAACGCCGCCCGAUCAACUCUCCUAAGGUGAUGGGCAAUUAUAGCCAAAUGCUAGUAAGCACAAAUGUCUUAUCACUGUAUCGUCACUACUGACACUCCGAGCUCUUUGUUUUUGUUGCAAAACAUACAAGCGUUCCUAUAGUAAAAUGUUGUAUUUGUUUUUGGCUCCCUAUUUUCAUACGUAAUGCAGAGUUUUUACUGCAUAGUGCCUUUUUGUAUUUUUAUUUUCAAAAUGACAAAAAGUUUGCAUCAGAAACAUUAUUUGUACAAUGUUUUGAUUCCAGAGAUUUUUGCAUUUAAGUUUUAUUUUUAUUGAUCGCCACUUGUUAAACAAAAUAAACGAAUGUUCAAGUA